CUCAAUUCGAAGCAGUACGAGAAGCUUGAGGUGCUCGGGAAAGGCGGCACUUCCAAAGUCUACAAGGUGCGCUCGCUCUCCGACCGAAAGGCGUAUGCGUUGAAGAAGGUCUCUUUCGACCAGUUCGACGAGUCGUGUGUGCGUGGGUUCAAGGGCGAAAUCGACCUCUUGACGAAGCUAAAGCACGAGCCGAGGGUCGUGUCUCUCAUUGACCACGCUUCCAGUGCUGGCUCUUUGUACCUACUCAUGGAAUGCGGCGAUCUAGACCUUGCACAUGCUCUCCAGAAGAGAAUGUAUCUAGACACCAAACUUGAUCCGAACUUCGUCAGGUUCCACGCCUCGGAAGUCUUCCAAUGUAUUCAAGCUGUGCACAAUGCUGGCGUCGUGCACAGCGAUCUCAAGCCUGCGAACUUUCUCUUCGUCGACGGCAUUUUGAAAAUCAUUGAUUUUGGUAUUGCAAACGCCGUGCCUGAUCACACUGUCAACAUAUAUCGUAACUCACAAAUCGGGACUCCCAAUUACAUGGCGCCAGAGGCGUUGGUGGAGGUCAAUUCCACCCUUUCGCUUCUGGCGAAGAAUGCAGCGACGACCUGGCGGGUGGGGAGGCCCUCUGACAUCUGGUCCUGUGGCUGCAUCAUAUACCAGAUGAUCUACGGCCGGCCGCCUUAUGCGUCUUAUUCUGGACAGCAAAGGAUCAUGGCCAUCAUGAACCCACAGGUCAAGGUGCUGUACCCGGCAACGGGGUUGGGCGGGGUGCGUGUUCCUGCUAGCGCCAUAACUUUGAUGAAAAAGUGUUUGGAGAGGAAUCCAAGUGACAGGUGGACGGUCGAAGAGUGCCUUCACUGCGACUUUCUCAAGCCCAAGGCAGUGGACGAGCACUUUGUCAAAGACUUGUUGCACAAUGCCGUCACGUUCGUUCAGCGGAACACGCAUCCCGGAAGCAUCGACGAGAAAACCUACACCGAGCUCGUCGACACCAUUCUCGGUCAGAUCAAAGACCUCAAU